CAAAACGGUAGGCCGAGACCGACAAAGGACCAAGCUAACGAGGCCAACAAGGCGAAAAGGUCUAGCAAAUACGGAAAUACUGAUAAGGACAGUAAUGGCGAUCCAAAAAGUGAACUUGUGGCCAAACUGAGGCGUUUUUUCGCUAUUUCCCUGUUUGCUUACGGCAUCCUUUAUUUGGUAAGCCCGAAGUCGAAUGGAUCUGUUGGUUUUCAGCACAUAACUUGGAGUGAAUUCGUUAACAAUCUGUUGCCAACAGGACAGUUCGUCUUUUUUUUCAGAUUCAUAAAAUUGUCGUGUUUCCUGAGAAAGAUGUUGCAUACGUUUACACCUUUUGUUCCGCGCUUCGAAUCUGCUGUGAGAGCCGCAGAAACUUCUGUGGGAUUACCACCAGAACACUGGACACCAAUCCAGUAUCGACGAAUGGAAGCACUCCAAUGGUUAACCUUUAUUCUUGUGACUGGUCUUGCAAUUGGUGCUUACUUGCUGUUCAAGAAAUUCAAAGGGUCAUUCAAUUUUUCGGACAUAAUGUCUAAUAUAACAAAAGGCAAAUACACGGUAAUUGACCCUCACAGUCCAGAAGGGAAGAAACAGCUGAAGAUCAGGUUUAAGGACGUUGCAGGUUGUUUUGAAGCAAAACAGGAGAUCAGUGAAUUUGUCGACUACCUCAAAAAUCCGAACAAGUAUACUAAACUGGGCGCCAAAUUACCACGCGGUGCACUGUUGACCGGUCCUCCUGGCUGUGGAAAGACGCUUAUUGCGAAAGCACUUGCUGCAGAAUCUACUGCACCGUUUAUUUCCAUGAAUGGAACAGAAUUCGUUGAAGUUAUAGGUGGGCUUGGAGCAUCUCGAAUUCGUGGAUUAUUCAAAGAGGCGAGGUCUCGUGCUCCUUGUAUUAUUUAUAUUGAUGAAAUAGAUGCUAUUGGAAAGAGAAGAGGCGAUUCAAAGGGAAGCGGUUUAGGCGGUGGUUCCAGCGAAGAAGAGCAAACUUUAAAUCAACUUUUGGUUGAAAUGGAUGGAAUGGGAAGUGGUCAGGGCAUAGUCGUGCUUGGAAGCACGAAUCGACCAGAUAUUCUUGACAAGGCACUUUUACGCCCCGGUAGGUUCGAUCGUCAUAUCAGCAUCGAUUUACCUACCGUCAUAGAACGUAAGGAGAUGUUCGAUUUAUACCUUAGGAAAAUAAAACUGGAUCAUCCGUACAACAAAUAUUCUCAAAGAUUGGCUCAAAUGACUCCGGGAUUCACAGGUAUUGUAAUUUUAUGUGCCGACAUAUCUAAUGUUGUAAACGAGGCUGCAAUUCGGGCUGCAUCAUUAGGAAAACAUGUCACCUCAGUAGAUGAACUUGAAUACGCCUUGGACCGCGUAUUGGCUGGUGCAGAGAAACGUUCCCGCACUUUAGUAGAAGAGGAACGUGAAAUCGUAGCUUAUCAUGAAGCAGGACAUGCGCUUGUGGGUUGGCUACUUCAACACACGGACGCACUUCUCAAGGUCACUAUAAUCCCUCGCACUUCUGCUGCACUUGGCUUCGCUCAGUAUAGUCCCAAAGAUAAGAAGCUCUUUACGACAGAAGAGUUAUUUGACCGAAUGUGUAUGAUGCUAGGUGGUCGGGCUGCAGAAAACAUUAAAUUCGGCCGAAUUACAACUGGUGCGGAAGACGAUCUCAAAAAGGUGACGAAAUCGGCAUAUGCUCAAGUAAAACUCUAUGGCAUGAGUAAUGUAGUGGGGACAUUAUCCUUUUCAACAGACGAUGCCUUCAAAAUCAAGCCAUACAGUAAGAAAUUAGGACAUAUUAUAGAUCAGGAGGCUUCAAAUUUGGUAGGACGAGCAUAUUGUGCCACGGAGAAUCUUCUACGAGAAAACAUCAGUAAGCUAGAAUUGAUAUCUCGUGAGCUUCUGAAAAGAGAGGUGCUCAACUACGAUGACAUAAAGAAUCUUAUCGGUAAGCCACCUUAUGGCGAUAAACAAGUUGUUGAACUGGUGGACACUGUUUUGCCGAAGGAAUGA